UUUAAAGUUCUUACAUUGUUGCUGGACUGUAAGCUGGUUUACAAACCUGGAUCCCAUGGACUUGAAGUCGAAUCAUACUCCUGUUCUCACUGAUAGUGCACCUGUUACAAAGUCUAGACUGGGUGUGCAUUCCAGUUUGUUGCCUUACUCUCAUACUGGGGCAACCUUUACACAUGGAAUGUUAUUGACUAUCCCGAGGAAGAAGACAGGAAUUCUUGAAGAUGUUCGUUGUAGUGGUUGGUUGGAUGCCAUGAAAUCAUCUUCACCUCCUCCCAGGAAGAUAGCAAAGGAUGUUAGCCAUGGGUUUGCAUCUUCCGAUGCUGAUACUGCUGGUUCUUAUUUUAGCUGGCUGCUUAAAUACCCAUCAGCUCUUACAUCUUUUGAUCAAAUCACAAACUAUGCAAAAGGGAAAAGAAUUGCGUUGUUUAUGGAUUAUGAUGGCACUCUUUCACCGAUUGUAGAUAAUCCUGACUGCGCUUUCAUGUCUGACAAUAUGCGCACCGCCGUUAAAAAGGUGGCAGAAUAUUUUCCAACAGCAAUAAUUAGUGGAAGAAGUCGUGACAAGGUAUAUCAAUUUGUAGGACUAACUGAACUCUAUUACGCUGGUAGUCAUGGUAUGGACAUUAUUGGCCCUGUUAGACAAUCUGUAUCUGAUAAUCACCCAAAUUGCAUUAGGUCUACAGACAAGCAGGGUACGGAAGUAAAUUUAUUCCAACCUGCUGCUGAAUUUCUGCCCAUGAUUAAUGAGGUAUUGAAGUCUCUUCAAGAGUGUACGAAAGACAUUAAAGGAGCUAAAGUUGAGAACAAUAAAUUUUGUGUAUCUGUUCACUACCGGAAUGUAGAAGAAAAGAGUUGGGAUUUGGUGGGGCAACGUGUUCAUGAUGUUCUUAAAGACUAUCCGCGUUUGCGCUUAACUCACGGGCGGAAGGUUUUAGAGGUCCGACCUGUGAUUAACUGGGAUAAGGGAAAAGCUGUCACCUUUUUACUUGAGUCACUUGGGCUAAACAAUUGUGAUGAUGUGCUUCCUAUAUAUAUUGGAGAUGAUCGGACAGACGAAGAUGCAUUUAAGGUUUUGAGAGAGGGAAAUAGAGGUUAUGGGAUCUAG